UCACGCCCGGUUGUCACGACGCCAUGUUUCCCCGAAGUGGUCUACCGAUGUCGAGUAUCCCUUUGAUGGUACUCUGCUUUUUCGUACUUAUCGUAGCCGGCCUUGACGAAUCCGGUAUAGAAAAAAUAGAAACAACUGAAUCAAAAAAUGAGAACCCAUCAGUGUUAGAAAUUACAGCAUCCCAAGAUUUAGAAGGUAUAGAAGCUGGCAGUACACCUUCACUAAUAUGUAAACUUAAUGUACCGGGUCAAAUAUGGUGGACUAGCAAUGGAAGGAACCUUACUACUAUUAAAGAUUAUGAUGCUGGGGGACGUUUGGAUAUUAAACAAGCAAGCAGAAAUGAUACUGGAGACUACAAAUGUUCAGCAAAAACUACAGAUGGAGAAUUAUUGGAAAAAGAUGUUCAUAUCAGAGUUAUUGAGCCAGGUAAAAUAGCACCUGGAGAAGAUAUUAGAGCAAAAGUAAUGGAAUCAGCUAACUUGACCUGCCACAUGUAUGGUUAUCCAUUGACUCAGUUUGCUUGGUUAAAAGGGAAUGAUUCAGAAAGUACAGAACACUUGAAAGAUUUUACUACUAUUACACAGAUAAAUGAAACAUAUACCAUACUGAAUUUAGAAUUUGAAAGUUUGACACGUAAAGAUAAUGGGACAUAUAUUUGUAAAGCACGCGAUUAUAGCGGCGAAAUUAGCGCUUAUAGACACCUUUUUGUAAUUGAUGUACCAAAAGUCAGCAUUGAUUUUAUGAAAGCCGUUGGUGCAGGAAGUAUAUUUUUGAAUUGGACUGUGAAUGAUGGCAAUGAACCUAUUAAGAAAUAUUUUAUUCAACAUAUGAAGAAUGGAACUAAUCAAUCUCAAUAUUAUUCGGAACAAAUUGGUGGUGGAGUUUCAAGUUAUGUUUUGAAAGGUUUUGAAAGUAAUACAUCAUAUCAAAUUGGUAUUAGUGCUACAAAUGCAGUAGGUUCAUCGCAUGUAAGACUUGAUCCACGUUGGAUCACUACACUUGAGAAAGAUCCUAUUUUUGUGCCAAAAGUUUCCGUCAACGGGGUCACCGAAAAUUCUAUCACAAUAGGCUGGACAGUUCCACCACCUGAUUUAAAAGAACACGUUCACUACUACAAUUUAAUGGCUACCCAUGGAGACCAGAAAAGGGAAGCGGUCUACCCAGCUCAACCAUUUACCGUGUACGCGUUUGUCGAUCUUGAUCCCGCUACAACAUAUAAAUUUAAAAUUGCUGCGUGCAGUGAAUACACGAAAGAGUGUGGAAAUUGGAGCGCUGAAGUGAAUGGAACUACUUUAGACGGAGUGGCUAGUCCCCCGCAAAAUUUGUCUGUUAAUUGUCGAUACGAUAAUAUCAGUAGUUCCAGUUUCAUUUCUAUUACGUGGGAACAUCCAGAGAAACCGAAUGGCGUUAUUAUUCGUUACAACAUGCAGUUGACUGGCGUAGCUACGUUUAAAAAUGACAUGGGUCGUUUAGAUAUUGAUAAUUGGGGGCCACAAAAUUGGAGCGUUUCUAAAAGAAAUAGUACAAAUUAUAAUCAAAUUCCGCCUAAUACAAAUUACACGGUUCGGGUACACGCCGUGACUAGAUCUCGUACACCAGGAAAAGAUGCAAUUGGUAACUGUACUACGCCCGUUACUAUCCCGGACAAAGACAGUUUGAAUAUGCGAUCGUGGCGAAAAAUUGAGAAUCAAGGUAGACAGCUGUUCAAGCUGUACCUUCCUCGCAUAACAGAAAGAAAUGGUCCAAUAUGUUGCUAUCGGAUUUUUCUCGUGAAAUUAGCACCGCAGAAGAGCGUUUCUGAUUUACCACCACCCGAAGAAAUUGGUGUAUAUUCGUAUCAAUAUGCUCAUAAUUCACCUUCUGGUGGUGCUUAUGUAGCUGAAAUGUUUGAUAGUGAUCGAUUGAUAUCAGAGAUUUUUCUUGGUGACGGCGAAUCGUUUAAUGGUAGUACUAUGUGCAAUAAAUGUAUUGGACUUCGACCGAAAGCUGCUCCACCAGUAUUACAUUCCGUUCCUGAAGUUCAAACAACUACUGUAAUACCAAACACAACAGUUGCAACAACUACAACGCCAGUGACAACAACUACAACUUCUGCACCACCGACUACUACCACUACCCAAGGAAUAGAAACAACUAUUGCAAAUACAGUAGACAGUAAUCAUACAGGUGUAGAAAGAAGGAAAAGAGAAAAUACAGUUGAUCAAAAAGGAAAGAGUAAUGAUGGACCUUCUGAAGUGCUAUUGUAUCUCCCGCAAGAUGGUUUCCUGGAUGAAAAGUCAAACUAUACUGGUUUUAUUGAAGUUAUAGUAUUUGGAAACCAGGAAGAUCAGCUUCUACCAGCCUAUAGCAACUACUUCAACCCUCUUUACGGUGGAUUAGACCUUAGAACAAUGGUAGCAGCGGAAGUGACCACAUUCAGCGUGAUUCUUCAAAUUUCUAUUGCCCUCAUACUAAUCAUCAUCAUACUUCUCAUCGCACUUUGUAUAUUGCACAGAUAUACGAAACGUGCACGGCAAAGAGGAGAAGAAAUUAUAACCUUGAGAAACAGUUUCAGACAUUUGUGUAGGACUCUCAGAGGAAGACAUCAGUUGGUCGCAGCAAGUCCUCCAGAUAUGCCUCCUAUUCCAAAAAGUGAAUUGCUCCAGUCUUACCUCGAACGGCAUCGAGACUCCGAUUACGGUUUCCAGCAUGAGUUCGAACUGCUACCAGACAGGUUUACGGAUCGUACGACGAGAGCAUCAGAGGCACGGGAAAAUCUGUACAAAAAUCGUUACCCAGACAUAAAGUGCUACGACCAGACCAGGGUGAGACUCGCACAAAUGGAUGGAAUCUGUGGAUCAGACUACAUAAACGCGAACUUUGUAUUGGGAUACAAGGAACGUAAGAAGUUCAUAUGUGCCCAAGGUCCGAUGGAAAAUACCGUUUGCGAUUACUGGAGAAUGAUCUGGGAACAGCACCUUGAACUGAUACUUAUGUUAACGAAUCUCGAAGAAUACUCCAAAACGAAAUGCGCAAAAUAUUGGCCAGAUAAAAGAGAGACAAAGAACUUCGGUGAUAUAACUGUUGAACAUAUUCGGGAAAGAGCCUACUCCGACUAUGUAAUUCGGGAAUUAAAAAUGACGCGAUUAGGAGAACGAGAUGCACGUACCAUCGUCCAGUAUCACUUCUUAGUUUGGAAGGAUUUCAUAGCACCGGAACAUCCGCAUGCUAUAUUGAGGUUCAUAAAGAGAGUGAACGAAGCUUACUCGUUGGAGAAGGGGCCAAUAUUAGUACAUUGUAGCGCAGGUGUUGGCCGAACGGGAACGUUGGUCGCAUUAGAUUCUCUGUUGCAGCAGCUUGCCGAAGAAGGCCAAGUUUCCAUUUUUAAUACGGUGUGCGAUCUGAGACAUCAAAGAAACUUCUUAGUGCAAUCGUUGAAACAGUAUAUUUUUAUUUACCGUGCGUUAAUGGAAAUGGCACAGUAUGGCGACACCGAAAUACCAGCGUCUCAGCUUAAAGCUACGGUUGCGAAAUUGAGACAGAGAGAUAAUGGUAAAGAAAAGUGUAGAAUGGAAGAGGAGUACGAUAAAAUUAACUCCGUGUUAGAAGAUAGAAAAUCAUAUAGCGUGGGUGGUGGGGAGGAAAACAAAAGCAAGAACAGAAGUGAAUUAAUAAUACCGUAUGAUAGAAAUCGAGUGAUUCUUACGCCUGUACCAGGCAGAGAACACUCGACGUAUAUAAACGCGUCGUUUAUCGAGGGCUAUGACAAUUCCGAAUCGUUUGUUAUUACUCAAGAUCCAUUGGAGACUACUAUAGCAGAUUUCUGGCGAAUGAUCUCGGAACAGUGUAUCUCAACAAUAGUAAUGUUAUCUGAUCUGAACGAAGGUCCACGGAAGUGUCCACGAUAUUGGCCCGACGAUGAAGCUGUGUAUGACCAUAUAAGGGUUAGAUAUAUUCAAAGCGAGAGCUGUCCGUAUUAUACUCGUCGUGAAUUUUGCGUUUCCAAUACGAAGACCGACGAGAACGUUGUUGUAACGCAAUAUCAGUAUCAUGGUUGGCCGACAGUAGAAGGAGAAGUACCUGAAGUGACUCGUGGUCUCAUUGAACUUGUAAACCAAACUCUAACAAAUGACACAGAAUCAAGCGGUUCGUUAGUUGUGCACUGCAGUUUUGGAUCUGAUAGGAGUUCUAUGUUCGUCGCUCUUAGCAUAUUGGUACAACAAUUAAGGACUGAAAAACGCGUAGAUAUUUUCACGACAACAAAGAAGCUACGUUCUCAAAGACACGGCAUGAUUAGCACCUUUGCACAGUAUGAAUUUUUGCAUCGUGCUAUCGUUAAUUAUUCGGAUCUUCAUAAUUUAGCCGACGAUGAACCAGCCUCUUAAUACCAAGAUACGUAAUGCUGGAACAUCAUGAUAAUACUUGAUGAACGUGUGCGUAAAGACAAUUAACGUACAAAAAGAAAAGUGAAAUGCUCAAAGGAACUUAUAUUGGGCCAACCAAAGAAAUUAUUAAUAUAUUGGUGGACAAGUACAUCAUGAAGUUAAACUAACGCAUAUGGGUGCAAAAGAAAUUAGCGACUUUUGAUACUCCAAAAUACAGACUACCAGAUUAUGUGUAUUAAAGAAAAGAAAACACCACUUGGACUGAGCAGUAAAUGUUUCACGUUGACAAAAUACGUUAUAAUUAAACUAAACGCAUGAUUGGUUCGAUGCAAUUAACAAAUCGAAUUAAACCUGUUGGUAAAUCGUUACAAAGUGCAGUACAGUGUUUCGUGAUACCACGCUCUCAACGACGUUGUGAAUCUAUCUCAAUGACUUAUUUUUAUCGAUAAUAUCAAAGGAAGGAAAAACGCAAAGUAGUGUAUCAAAAUUUUUGUGAUUGAAAUGGAACAUUUGAGGAAAGCACUAAUGCAGCAACGUAAGUGCUUUUUCUUUUUUAUUAACAAUUAUGACUAUUUGAUGGACUAGUGAAAAAUUGAGCGUAUUUAAUAGGAUGUAUGAAUACCCUAACAAGUGGACCAUAUAUAGCUUACCAAUCUAAUAUUUGAUCGUACCUUUUCUUUUAAUAGAAUAUCUGAUUGAAAUUGCAAUAUGGAAAUUAUAAUAAAUAACAAGGGAUGUACGAAUAAUCUGAUCAGGUCGAAUUCGUUAAAAUUCGGACCAUGUCGGACGAGAGCUGAAGAUAUUUUUCUGUAUACAAAUGCUUGAGACUUUAAAAAAUUAGAAAUUUAAGAAUUUGUAAAUUUGAAAAUUUGGGAAAGUUGUGGCAGCCGAAAUAGCAGUGUCUAACACGAGAGUAAUUCAAGCAUUCACCACAAGUAUGGCGCUGUUGCUGUUUCGACUGCAGUGUCUUCAAGGCCCAAAUUUAUGCGGAUGACCGCGUAUAGGAAGUCGAUGACAUUUAGUGAACUUAGUCCGAUCCAUUUUGAGCACAAUCCCGAAUUGAAUCUCGGGAUUUGAAUCUUUGUGUUCCCAAAAAGAAUCGCAAGCAUUCGUACACAGUAAGAUAUUUUCGAGCUCCCAAAUUUUGCCAAACGCGAUUAAUAUUAAAGGCUGAUAAACUUUCAUACAUGGUAUUUGAAUUUUUCUUUUCUAUCAAAAUGCGAUCAAAUACAUAGAUGGCAUAGUUAAUAUGGUUUGAAGUUAAAUUAGAACUAGAUUGUAUUCUUCCAAAAUGUUUCUACUGGCAUGUGUUGUUAUCCUACCGUUCGAUGACAAAGAGAUCAAACGCUGAUAUGAUCUACUUUAUAUUUACGACUACUAAUAACCGCGCACGCAUGUGUGUAAGUUUAUUUGUAAGAUACGUGUCAUAUACAUAUAUACAUAUAAACGCGUGUAUACCACGCCAGCGCUAAUAUUUCUUCUAAAGAAAGACUGAUAUUCUUAUUCAGUUCGAAAUGCGCGAAGAACAGCACGUACCUUGUUUGUACGGCAUGUAAAAUUGCUGUCAAUUGUAACCCACGAGAAAGAUCAUUUUUUUACUUUUUCAUACACGAGGCAAUUAGAGAUAUCUAUGUGUGUGGCAUGUCCGGAUAUGUGCUUUGUAAGUCACCGACAAAAUGUAACGCAUAAUUGGAGGGCUUACGCGGCACAAUAGGGGUUAGGUUUCACUUGAAAAUACUGAAUAAUGUAGGUAGUUCUUAUACAGAUUUCAUGACAAUUUUUUUAGUUUAAUCAGUGAUAAAUAAAUUUUUUAACUCGUUCGUUGACACCUGAAAAAUUGUAAAAAUCAGUAUUGUUAAUACAUUAUUUGAAAAGUUAGUACAAAUAACUUGAAAUGUUUUAAUCAGAUAAAAAUUGUGAGUGGUCAUUAAAUUUGAUGGUGACAUCGAACAUGUUAAAAAAAGAAAUACUUUUAUUUGAAAAAUAUGCUUAUAAUUUUUAAGUGAUAUGUUAGCGCAUUUGUUACGAGAACAAACAUAUAGAUCUUAUGUUCGCUUACGCGCUAGGCGCGUAAAUCGUAUUCGAGGAACGACAAGCCUCACGCUAUAAUGGUACAAACCAUAACGUGUUAAAAUAAGUAAGAACUGCCUAUAACUGUCAGUAUUUAUCUUCACGGUGGAUGAAGUGCUGGGAUGCGAAACGAACAUAAGUUAAUGAGAUUAAUAUAAAUAAGGAAAGAAAAAAAUGGAAUCUUUUUAAAGUAAGGCAAUUACGAAAUCGACACACGUUACAUUUUUUCGCACGCUCGUUCAUUUCUAGUCAAGUUUUAACUCCGGCACGUGCGCUGCUAAGCCAUUCACUUAUGGCAGGGGACAAUCAUAUUAUAAAUUUGAUUUUACGCAUCGCAUCGGUCAGCAAGAUUUUUUUCUUUCCUUUUUCCUUGUCAAUUUAUCUUCAUUCCAUUAUCGUGCUAAUGCACAUCCCUACUUGAUGUACAUGUGUGUAUAACCGGUUUACUAAUCGAGAGAAUUAAUUAAUUAGUUGCUAGUUUACGCUUCGAUUAUGUUUUAAUUGAUAGAUAAUAUAAGGGACGAACGUAUGCUCCGUCUGUAAUUAGAAUCGUUAUCAUCGCCUGUCGCUGUUGCUUACGUAUUAACAUGUAACAAUAUUUGUUUUAUGCUGAUUGACAUAUACAGUUGUAUUUGCAAAUGCUCUGGCAAGGUACAAAGUGCCUAAGAAUUUCCGCCUAUUCAAUUUUUUGCAUAAAAUUGAUAUUUUUACAAAAUCUAAUGCUUUAAACUGAAUGUUUUAUUCUUAACAAACAUUUUCAUUAACACCUGAUUUCGCUAGGUAUGAUAGAAUAUGCUGUAUAAUUGAUUAAUUGUACAAUGGUCUAUAAGGAAUUUUUAAAGAUAUUUCAUGCAAAGAUAUUUAACUAUUAAU